AUGUGGCCGCGAAUCCUCUGGUGCGACACUCGAUCUGAGAACCAAUCGGCGUUCCCUUUGCCAUUGUCUCCGCGUUCCACACCGACGCUUCGUUCACUGGCAGCCAAUCACAGCGCGGCCGGGGUGUAUGGAACGUUCUAUCGGGCCAUGUAUCAAAGGGACUCGUUCGGCGAAUGCGACACAUUGUCUGUAGCUCGUGAGUGUAUCUCCAUCCACAUCGGCCAGGGCGGAGUCCAGCUCGGCAACGCUUGCUGGGAGCUGUAUUGCCUGGAGCACGGGAUCCAGCCGGAUGGACAGAUGCCCAGCGACAAGACCAUUGGAGACGGCGACGACUCCUUCAACACCUUCUUCAGCGAGACGGGGGCGGGCAAGCAUGUUCCGCGCGGCGUGUUUAUAGAUCUGGAGCCCGCGGUGAUCGAUGAGGUGCGGACCGGCACCUACCGGCAGCCCUUCCACCCCGAGCAACUCAUCACCGGCAAGGAGGACGCGGCCAAUAACUACGCCCGGGGCCAUUGCUCAAUCGGCAAGGAGAUCGUGGACCUGGUCUGGACCAACAUCAACCGCCUGCUGGGGCAGGUAGUGUCGUCCAUCACCGCCUCGCUGCGCUUUCACGGCCCCCUCAAAGUUGACCUGCUCGCGUUCCAGACCAACCUGGUCCCCUUCCAGCGCAUUCACUUCCUGCUGGUGACCUACGCGCCUCUGAUCUCGGCCGAGAAGGCUUACCACGAGCAACUGUCCGUGUCGGAGAUCACCAACGCCUGCUUCGAGGCGGCCAACCAGAUGCUCAAGAGCGACCCCCGCCAGGGCAAAUACAUGGCGUGCUGCAUGCUGUACCGCGGGGACGUGGUGCCCAAGGACGUCAACGCCUCCAUUGCCACCAUCAAGACCAAGCGCUCUAUCCAGUUCGUGGACUGGUGUCCGACCGGGUUCAAGGUGGGCAUCAACUACCAGCCCCCGACAGUGGUGCCUGGGGGCGAUCUGGCCAAGGUGCAACGCGCCGUCUGCAUGCUGAGCAACACCACCGCCGUCUCCCUGGCUUGGACCCGCAUGAACCUCAAGUUCGACAAGAUGUACGCCAAGCGGGCCUUUGUCCACUGGUACGUGGGAGAGCGGCUGGAGGAAGGGGAGUUCCAGGACGCGAGGGAGGACAUGGCGUCGUUGGAGAAGGACUACGAAGAAGUGGGUAUCGAUUCGGCGGAUCUGGACAAGAAGGCCGAAGAGGAAGAGUGA